GUUUACAGUAUAUGUUCUGGUUCCAAUGUGGCCAGAAGGAAUUCCUGAGAGUGCAUCUGUACAAGCAAUAUUAGAUUGGCAAAAGAGGACAAUGGAAAUGAUGUAUAAACAUAUAUUCCAGGCUAUCAGAGACAAAGGUAUUGACGAUCACCCCAGGAAUUAUUUGACUUUUUUCUGCAUUGGUAAUCGGGAGUUGAAGAAGACCGGAGAAUAUGAACCUUCAGAGAAGCCAGAACCUGAUUCUGAUUAUGAGCGAGCUCAGGAAGCUCGUCGCUUCAUGAUCUAUGUCCAUUCCAAGAUGAUGAUUGUUGAUGAUGAGUACAUCAUAGUUGGAUCAGCCAACAUAAACCAGAGGUCAAUGGACGGCGCAAGAGAUUCUGAGAUAGCAAUAGGAGCAUACCAGCCUCAUCAUUUAACGACAAGACAACCAGCACGGGGUCAAGUUCAUGGUUUCAGAAUGGCAUUGUGGUACGAGCAUAUGGGUAUGCUUGACGACACCUUCCAACAUCCAGAAAGUGAGGAAUGUGUGAGGAAGGUGAAUCAAAUCGCUGAUAAAUACUGGGAUCUGUAUACAAGUGAGAGCCUAGAAAAUGAUCUGCCUGGUCACUUGCUCCGAUACCCCGUUGGACUUACGAACAAUGGGGAUAUCACGGAUUUGCCUGGAAAUGGAAAUGAGUUCUUCCCUGACACUAAGGCCAGGGUUGUUGGUACUAAAUCUGACUACCUUCCUCCUAUCCUCACUACAUAAGUUGAAAAACAUGUUGGCUAUAUCCCAAGGAAACUGCAGUUUGUAGUGGAAUAACAGAUGGUUCUUUGUCUUUUAGAUUUCUAAUCGAGGGAUGGGCAUCUGAGAUUUGAUGAGGCUCCUUGUUUUAAUUGUUGUUUUUGUAGAUGUUUUUCAGAUUUGUGUACGUGUUCUGAAAGGAUACUAGUAUUAGAUUUGCUUUCUUUGGAAAUUUAACACUUCGUUAUUUUCUUGUUGAACUCGUUGUCUCGUUAAGUA